UAAAUAAAUUUCGAAUAACUGCCAACGAGGAGUGAGAUGAAGCUGGUGGUGCGGUAUGUGGUGGCUGGGUUGACUGCGGUGUUGGCUGCGCUCGUGCUUGUUGGCCUCGCGUCCACGAGCUGGUGGGCGAGUGUGAUCCACGGACGGGCGCCCGCACUGAAGGUGCUGCCACCGAUCGAGCAUAGUGCUGUGUUUACGUGCGCCCAAGGGUUCUACAUAAACCCACAUGAUGGCCAGUGCCGCCCGUGUCCACGUGGUACAUUCACGUCCCCACCCAGCAUCGUGGAAUGCGUUCCGCUGCUCACGUGCGACGAGAUUAGCCGCGACAUCGGCAGCCUCGCCAAGUUUAGCACAGGUGGCGUCAAAACCUUGUUCAGGGGGAGAUGGAAGGGCCCGCAUGUGCACGCCAUUGAUGUGUUGGUCGCGCGUCCACACCCUGGAUUGGUGGAUGAUUUUAAAAUGGGCAAGGACAACUUGGACGCCAUUGGUCCACAUCCACUCAUCAUUCGUCCCAUCGGCCACUGCAACGAUCCGCCAAUGCUGGUGUUUCCGCUGUACCGGCUCGGGUCUGCCCUGAAUGUCAAUGCUGUUGCGGCACAAGUGGAGGACGCGCUUGAGCUUCGGCUCCAACUCGUCGAGGACUACGCGUCGAUACUGGUCCACUUGCAUCAUCAAGCGAGCAGCAAUGGUGCAUUUGUCAUGUGCGAUGCCGACAGCGUCGGGAAGCUGCUUUCUCAGUUUCUCAUCUCUGACGACUAUCGCCUCAUCCUCAACGACGUGGACGCCCUUCCACUCGCAACCCCAACCCACAAGAUCAAGUGCGGGCAUCGAGAACUCUCGGGCGACUUUGUCGGUGCGUAA